GUACCCGACAAAGUAUCCGAAGAAAGCUCCCUCCAUCAAGUGAGCAAGCAAGUGAAAGGCCACGUACCGAGCGCAGCCAUCCUUGCCAACACACCGUCGGAACUUUCUCUUCAGGCGACACCUUCACCUUGAGCCCGUAACAAAUACUCAUCGCUCAGUCCGACAGUCGUGUCCGCUCACUCUGCAAUUUGACACCACGGUGGACACGUCUCCAAGCACCCCACUCUCCAACAUCGGUCUCUAGUACCCUCACUCUACCGCCACGAUGGCCAUCUCCGACCAAGUCCGCAGUCAGCUGUUCCAGUCGCCCCAAAGCUCCAGCGCUGACAACAAGAUGCAGGCAAUUCGCAUCCCCACGACACGGGGCGGCGCCACUCGCGGUGGCCUCGUGCCUCGCUCUCCCGGCUCCGGCCGUGGUCUAUGGACACCUGAAGAGCAUCUACGCUUCCUCGAGGCACUGGACAAGUUCCCAUCAGGCCCGUGGAAAUGUAUCGCCGAGUACGUAGGCAACAAAACAGCGAGGCAGGCCAUGACCCACGGCCAGAAAUAUCGCCAGAAGAUCGCGCGCCGCCGUCGCGGACUCAAGAAGAUCGUGCGGGAUCUUCAGUUCGCAGCCGUCGAAGUGCAAGACGACGGUCAUGACGCAGCCGAAGCAGAGGAAGAAGAGGUCGAUGCGAGACUGAGCGUUGAGUCUAUCCCCAUGGCGCUGUCCGAUCAGGACUUUGCCACAUUUGUCGCCAGUCUGGACCUCGCGGAGGAACUACAACUCGACGCUCUGAAUGCGUCGCCACUGGUCGUGCCCAACGCACCAACACACGACCGCGACAUACCCAGUUUUUCACUGGAAAACGAUGCUCCGACACCCCCGAUGUCCGAGACAAGCGACUGCGGUCUCCCUCUGACGACGACACAGCAAGACGUGCACCAUUGGGUCGUCAUGGACCGCGCAGAUGCGUCCUCGGAGGAAUUCUCGGCUGUGCUGGCGGAGGCCUUCCAAUCUGGAAGCGAGGAAGCCGAAACGUAUGCGUUUGCGAAGCCAUUGCCGCUACCGGAGCAACUGCUGGACGAGUACGUUCAGGAGCAGCAGAACCUCGAGCCGCUGGCUGCAAUGGAUCCGGAGCUCGAGGGACUGGAAAGCUUCGAGUUUGACACAUUUGAGUUGCGGUAGCGGCAGUCGAAGCCUCCAUAACGACGCACUCGACGAGGAGUGCACGUAUUUUAUUGUUUGAAUUAUACCACGACGUAAGUUUAGCUCGUACACAAGAUCGAAAAGCGAUAAACCCCAACAAACAAUGCACAUUCGUUCGCUUUAGCGAAAGAAAAAAAGGUGAUAUUGGCAAGAUCGUCUUGUAGAACUGAAUGUGUAGUAUGCUUCAAGCUGGAACACCACACACGAG